GGCAUUCGGAGUUCGGACACGGCGCAUAGUAGUGAAAGUAAACAAAAGAUGGCGCGGUUAUCUAUGUUUUGUGUUGUCAUCAGUGCCCUCGUCAUCUAAGUAAGGAUUGGUGUGAUUCCCCGCACUUGACUCCCGAUCUUCAAUCAAUACCUAGGGCCUCAGGUAUAUUUAUCUGCCGACCAGCCACCUGAUGGACUUGUGAAUGCCAGGAAACUCUUAGAACUAUGAGAUCAGCUUUCAUCAUAUGUCACAGAUGAAAAUAUGUUGAACCUGGGUAAGGGACAUCUGAAGAGAUGAGCAGAGGUCAUGGAACUAAGGCUAUUAGAAGCUCAUAAGAGGUUACAAAAAGUCAAUCAGGGCCUUGAAGAUAAGCUUCUUAGAUUAGUAGACCGCACCGAAAGUGAAAAAUCUAGUUUGGCAGCAGAUACAGCUAGUCUCACCACUGCCCUAACCACAGCUGCUCAAGCAAUCAACAGACUGAAGCAGGAAAAUGAUCGUUAUAAAAAUGACCUUAACCUGGCGAUUCAAUUGCUACAGUGUAAUCCAUCAAAAUAUGCAACACACAAGUUGGAUUCAUUGCCAUCAGAUCUUCAGAAAAAGGCCAAAUCAAGAUUGGCAAAAGAACCAAGAGAAACCUCCAAAGGACCCAAGACAGAAAUGAAGGUUAUUAAGGUUCCAAUACCAACUUUUCCUCCAACAGCUAUGGUUUAUUCAGUAAAUAGAUAUUCAGAGGAGAGUACAAAAGAAGAGCCAGUUGAUGCUGUUUCUGCAGCAAUAAUGGCAGCAGUGUUAGAGGAGAGACAACGAGAGCGAGCCAGGCGUCAUUGCUCUACCUGUGUUUGUGGUUCUUCCUCCAGCCAAGGAGAUAGCUGUGAGCGCAGAAUUGGCGAAGCAGAAGAGAGUCAGGAGCUCAAUGGUAAAGGGGAUGAGAAUGAUGAUUGUCAUUUUCAUAGUAGGGUGGGGUUGAAAAGUAGGAAGAUAGGUUUCAAGGUUGAUUAUGUGGAUGUUGGGACUCAGAUGCUUCCAUCCUACAUAGGUGAAUCUGGAAAAGUCCAAUCAACUUGUAUUUAUUGUCAGUCAUCUAAAAGUGCGCCCCUUGAACGUUCAAACAGCAAGGCUAUGAAUAUUUUGCAACAUGCAAGAUCUAAAAGUCAGCCUGUUAACCAAAUUAACACCACGGUCGAUGAGUCAUCCUCACCUGACAGUACGCGUAGAAGUCCAACUUCAAAAACAUGUACAUACAGUGUCCAUUCUGGCAGUGCUUGGGAUUGGGCUGCAGAAAGCCAUGAUUCUGGCACGCCUUCAACUCCUUCGUCUCUUGUAAGCGCUUCCUUAAGUUAUGAAAGUGAAACAAGCAAUGUGACAUCUCCCCAGGAUUCUCCUGGUCGUUUAUCAUUAAUUCCAUCUGGAUCACAAUGUAACAGGACUCCAAGUCAGGUCAGCAGUACAGAUUCACCUCAGAAUUCUGUGGCAGUUGACAGAAAUGCCAAUAUGCCUCAGGCAAGACAACUGGUUGGAGAUAUCAGUGUUUCCACUGUUGUAAUGUACCCAGCCUAUAGCACACACCAUGCUCCAUCUGAGACUGUCAGAAGUUGUUCAGGUCAUAAAUUACCUUUAGUAUCAGUUCCAGCUGCUAAUCAUGCCCAGUCCUCAAGAAUCACUUCAUCCCAUUAUGCAGAUCACCCACAACACAUUGUAUCUCACAAUUUAAAUCAUUCUUAUGAUCAAAUGUCCCCUUACUAUUCUCAGUCUUCUGUUAUUUACCAAAAUUAUGCAACUACCAAGUCUUCAUGUCAGGACACAUUCACUCCACCCAUUCACAAGUCACCUCCACGCACUCGCUCCUCAGCCGAGUCAUCCUUUAGAAUGUCUUCCUCUUCAGACAUAGUAGUUUCAAGUACAACUACAGCAUCCAACACUGUAACAACUUUGUGAGAUGGUGUGCUCAGAGGAUAAAUUUCAUUGGUGCAUUUGUAAAAAAAGAGAACAGGUUAGUCUCUUUGGUAUAGGAUAGAACACAUGUUAGACCCUUCAUUUUAAUUCAACACUUCGAACUCUCAAAAGAUGAAUGCUGAAAGUCUAGUUAGAUGUUAAAAACAAAGUUGUUUUAAUUUGUAGUGUUAUAUCCUUUAUACUGAAGCAAACGAUGUAUUCAUUGCAGGUUUGGAAAUGAAAUAAUGCACAUUAUUGUCAUUGUGGCCAAUUUACUUAUCAAAUGUUUUAUAAAAAAACUUAAGAUUCUUAAAAUUGAGACCUAUGGGCUAAACAUUAUUUUUACAGAUCUUUCAACUUUUCUUCUUUCCUGUAUGUUUUAACUUUAUCUAUCUAUAAAUAUUAGUAAAAGUAUUGUUAAUAUUAUUUGUUGAAUAUAUAUUUUGAAAUUCUUAUUCCUAAGAUUACCAUAUUUUGUAAGAUUUCCAUACCAUAACUACAGGUACAGGUAUUGAGAGUUUUAUUCACAAAGUUAUUUGGAAUGUUAAGAAAUGAGCACUUGAAAGAAAUGUACAACCUGGAUAUUGGUUCAAAUAUAAUUUGGAAGAGCCUAAAAGCAAUCUGGGAUGAUAGUUAUAGGCAAGCAACACUAGAAUAGGACAAAGGCACAGUCCGACCUCUUUAAACCCAGUACCCUUGAGACCAGGCCACUGCUGGAAUGCAGAAAAUCCUGGAUUUUAGAAAUCACCUCUAAAAAAAACUAUGAAAACAGACUUGCCAGCUCAUUCAACAUAUAGUGUGCUGUGUUAUUUAAAGUAUAACAAAGCUUAUGAAUAAUGACUCGUUCAUUAAGUUUAAUUCCAUAGCAAAAUUCUGGCCUGCUCCAUAAGCUUCUCUCCGGAAAUGCUUACACCUUUGCUAAGUCAGAGCUUAAACCUCUUUAUAAGUGUACUGGCAAAUUCUGUUCUCCACCCUUCUUUGUUCUUUGGCACUUUUUCUUGUUUUUGUUUUGCGCAAAACCCUAACAUUCUGCUUUUGUUUUUUUAAACCUGCACACGAGAGAGAGAGAGAGUAUAUUUCAUGCGUUAUUGUUAUGUCGUAUUAUAAUUUUUGAACGUGGCAAACAUGUACCAUCUGCAUUCUGCUAAUUUUUAGAUUCUUGAAAUCGUCAACUGAUUGCAAUUUCACAGACAUCAUCACAGCCAUUAGUUGCUAAAUAAAAUGCAUUUUGGAGAAUUUGUUUAAUAUGUAAAUUACCAAAUCAGAGUUUAAAAAUGCAACUUACAUUAUUUAUAAAUGCAGUAAAUUAACUGAAGGUGUGAUUUUGCCAGUAUUGGAUGUUACUUUUUCAUCUUCCAAAAUAUUUUGCGGCCUGCACAUUAUUCAUUUCUUCUGCCACAGCUACAACCUUAAAUUUAGUGUCAUACAUUUUUUAAACACCCUCCUCUCCAUUGAGUGGAGGAUGAAUAAAGAUUUAUUUUAUUCUUAUGGAAUUCACUUGAAAAUUAGCAAAUUUUUAAGAAGUCAACAACUAUAAUGCAACCUUCAGUAAUUGAUGAAUUAAUGAUUUUGAGUUAUCUGGCAUUGGUGCAACCUUUAAUAAACAUGUGUUAGUUACGUAACUAACAUCAGCAGAUGGCUGUUUCUCAAUUCGAUAGUUAAUGUCGGUAGUAUUUGCUUUUAUGCCAGUAUCUUGCACAUAGAAGUAGUAAGUGGUUGCUAAUUAUGUGAAAUAGUAAUGAAUUCUUAGGCAAAUUACAAUGUUGGUAAGCCUGAUUUAAUGUAUGAAGAUUUGCAUUUAACCUAAUAUAACUUUGGCUUCAAGGCUUAUUUAUUAGUUAAAAGCUAACUCAAAUAUAAUAUGCAUUAUCAGUAUUAUCUACUGAAGCUGAGACAACCAUAGAAAGCCUAGCAUAGUUUAAUCUAUUGAAAAUACAUCUCAUACAAUACACAGUGUAUGUGAUGUCAUUUGUGGAUGAAAUUUUAAUGAUCGGAAAAUACAUGAGUAUAUAUGCAAUUUACGGUUCUUUUGUGUGCUGUACAUUUUUUAGUUUCACAGAAUGUUUUUGUUGGAAAUAAACUGUACUUUUGCAUUUACGAAUCAAACUUCAGUUCCAAAAUCCCAGAAAAUACAAAACUUAAGCAUGUGAAGCUGCCUGCAUAGCUGCUCAAAAAUUAAUGAUAGUUGAUUAAAAAACAUUCUGGAUUUUUGAGGUCGGACUGUAUCAAGGUAAAAAUCAUUUUGUUAAUUCAGACAUUAAAAUUAGCCUAACCAAAUUUUAGAUGUUGGUAUCAUGCAAGACUUUCAUAAAUACUGAGGUUGUAAGCUCAUGUAAUUAGUUUAUCUAUUAUUAUUUUAUUUUAAAGUACAUGGAGAAACAGAGGAAGGUAGGUUGGUGUUGUUAAAUGAUAUAGGUAUUAAUUAUGUAAGGUGAACAUUUUUUAAAUGUUAACAAUACAAGAAGAAAACUUUUAAACAGCAAAUUUAAAAACACCAAAAAACAUUGAAAUGUAACAUUAAAACAAGCAUCAGCAGAUGUCUUACACAGGACAGUAAGUGGCAUAUCCAUAUAUCGUGCGUCAUAAUGCAAAAAAAAAAAAAAAAA